AACUGUUAGAAAAUUAGAUUAAAUGGAUCCUGUUGUUAAAUGUGAAACUGGAUACAGAGAUAUAGGAGUAACACAGAUUUUAUUUUCCAACUAUUCAGUGGGUGAAUCACUCUCCAGGUUCUGGACCUCCAGCAUCUAAAAAGUCAGGUUCCUGACCUCUGCAGGCCCCUGCUUGAAGAUACAUCCCUCAACCCAUCCACCACAUAUAGCCAUGUAUUUACAACCUGUCAUCACUCAAAAUACAUAAAAUCCUAAUUAUUCCUUUUAAAUUUCCAGUCAGCUGCACAUGAAGUUUAUUCUUACCAAAGUAUGACUUCAUCUUCGCACAAAUUGGACACUAGAGGACCUCAUGUCUGUAGGGACAGAGAUGACACAGCAGAUCUCGAUGGCCAACAGCACAGUCUGGGAGCAUAAAAAGAGCAGCACAGAGAUUAAACAUCUACUUUUGGGUGGGGAUCGAGGAUGAAUUUCAUUAGGCACCUUCAGAGCCUGGUGGGCAUUUUGCACAUAUGUUGUCUUUCAAAAUAAUCACAUUAUAUUCAAGUCUUUAAUAUUUUCACAUCUGACUAUAUUUUUUUCUGAAAUCUGUCAUUGAUUGUAUAGUUUGAUCCUUGUUAUUGCUGAUUUGAUCAAAGCUGGGUGCAUGAAGAUUUAAAAGCACAGAGAUGCUGUGAUGUGUGCCUCACCUUCUAUUCCAGAGUCAAAAUAUUUGUGAUGUUUCUUGCCAAAAAGAGGAGUAAAUGUAAAAAGAAUAACUGUAUUUUUGUGUGUUUUUGUCGAGUGCCUAAUAUGGAAAACACAUCUACUGAAAUGAUUUUUUUCCUCAGUGGUUUGAAUGACACAAGACAAAACAAACUGAUUUAUUUUUUCUGUUCCUUCUUCAUCUACUUGUUCACAAUUUUUGUGAAUUUGACUCUGGUUGUGACUGUCAUGUUUAACAGAGUUCUGCAUGAGCCCAUGUACAUCUUCCUGUGUAAUCUGUGUGUCAAUGGGAUUUAUGGUGCUACAAGUUUCUACCCCAAAUUUCUACUGGACCUCUUAUCAGAAUCUCACAUUAUCUCAUACAGCGCUUGUGUAACUCAGAUAUUCUUAGUCCAUUCGUAUAUGUUAUGUGAACUGUCCAAUCUAACAGUAAUGGCUUAUGACAGGUAUGUUGCGAUAUGUAAACCACUGUGGUAUCACCCUAUUAUGACCCCGGGGAAGGUGGGGAAAUUGCUGCUGGCACCCUGGCUGUUAUCCUUUAUGGAGAUUUUAAUUGGAGUUCUUCUAAUAGUCAGGCUGACUUUGUGUGGAUCUAAGAUAAACAAGCUUUAUUGCACAAACUGGGAUGUGGUGAAGCUCUCUUGUACAGACACCAGUAUGAAUAAUUUCUAUGGAUAUGGAAUACUAAUUACUCAUUUAACCCAAGCACUGCUGAUUGUAAUCUCCUACUUCCACAUCAUCAGGAUAUGUGUGCGAUCAAAAGCAGAACAGAACAAGUUCAUGGAGACCUGCCUGCCCCAUCUGAUCACUCUGGGCAGCUUCACUCUUUCUGUUGUAUUUGAUGUCUUGUACGCACGCUAUGGAACAAGCAGCAGCAUGCAGGGUCUCCGUAGCUUCUUCUCCAUAGAGUAUCUGAUCAUACCUCCCCUGCUGAACCCCCUCAUUUACGGUCUGAAGCUGAAGCAGAUUCGUCUGAGUGUCUGGAGGCUGCUCAGCAGGAAAGUCAGUGUGCUGACAUAGAUUCCAGAAUGUUCUUCCUCUCAAUGGUUUGUUUGAGUAACCUUUUAUGUGUAACCAUGACAAUUUCAAAAUG